AUGUCUCUCAACGGAAAAGUCGUCCUUGUCACCGGCGGUUCCAAAGGGAUUGGGAAAGCCGUCGUCGAGCGUGUUGUAGCUGACGGCGCGAGUGUUGUCAUCAACUACUCAAGUGAUAGCACACCCGCAGAAGAGCUUGUCACCAAGAUAGGCUCCGACAGGGCUCUCGCUUUCAAGGCUGAUGCCUCCAACAUCGCCGAGAUCGAGAAGCUUGUGCAAGCGACAGUUGAGAAGUUUGGCAAGAUCGAUUGCGUGAUGGCAAACGCUGCGUGCGCUCCCAUGAAUGAUCUCAAGAGUACCACGGAGGAAGGUUUUGAUAAGGCCUUUAAUCUGAAUGUGAAGGGACCUUAUUUCCUUGUUCAAAAAUCUGUUAAGCACAUGCCGCGAGAUGGUCGAGUCAUCCUCGUGUCAAGCGGUGUUCUUCACCAAUCUCAAGUAGCACCUCGUUACCUUCUCUAUGCCUCUUCAAAAGGCUCCAUUGAGCAGAUGACACGAAUUCUUGCGAAAGACCUUGGGCCCAAGGGUAUCACUGUCAAUGCAAUUGCUCCUGGUCCGACAGCCACGGAAAUGUUCUUCCAGGGCAAAUCGCAGGAACUGAUCGACACUAUCGCUGGUUUCAGUCCUUUUGGACGUCUGGGAAAGUCAGAAGAAAUUGCUGGCUUGGCUGCUUUUCUUGCUGGUCCAACCAGUUCUUGGGUCUCUGGGCAGGUCAUCGGGGCUAAUGGGGGAUCAUUUGUUUAG